AUGUAUGGAGACCACAUGUUCCCGCGGGGCGCCAAUGUCAUAGUGGGCACAAUGGUGAUGCUAAGAGGCUCAGAACUGUAUCUGGAGCCCCUCCAGUUCGACCCGGAGCGCUUCUCUCCAAAUAACUUACAGCAGCGGCACCCUUACACGUACCUGCCGUUCAGUGCUGGGCCAAGCAACUACAUGGGACAAAAGUUCGCGAUGCUGGAGCUGAAGGUGUGUCUGUCACGAGUGCUGCGCAGCUACCGCCUGGUGGCGGGCAGCACAACCAACUGCCUGGACGAGCUGUUGCCCGAGUUCGUGCUCAAGAACAGGAAGGGCAUCAACGUCAGGAUUGAAGCGAGGCGGUGA